AUUAUUAUGUCACUUUAAUGCAUUUAUUUCGAAAUAUGCAAAUUUUAUUUCACAAUUGCGCAAGUAUUUUAUAAGGUGCCACAAUUUUCUAACUUUAAUCAUAUCGAAAUUUGUAAAUCUUGUUUGAGAAGGAUUAUUUGUAAUAUGUCAACAAGCUUAAGGCAUAUUGUACCAAAGUGUUAUGUAGGGAGUGUGGGCUGAACUGUUUGCGAGGGUGAGUAAAAGGGAAAGAGAGAAAGAGUGGAGACAUACAUAUAUAUAUAUAUAGCGUGGCACUUGAAAAGAUUCGACAAAUCAGUGUGAAUACACUGGUGUGGUGGUUAAGUAUGUUUAUAGGUUAUAUAGUUAUAGCCAAGUAUGUGUCUUUAUUAUAAUAAUUAUAAUGAAGUUUAAAAAACGUGCAGAGGAAGUGACUUUAUUAAAUAAUUUCCUGUAUCUAUCGAAAUAUAAUAAAAAUAUCAAGGUUUUUAAUGGAAUUGCAUUAAUCUGGCUUACAGAAGAUUAGAGGAAGGCGGACGGAUAAAGAACGGAUGCAGGGAAGCAAGAGGAGAGGAAAGUGGAAGGGAAGAUGAAAAGCGCAUCGGUCGAGAUAAUGAGGACAAAAGAGCUGAAAUCCAGUAGAUCGUUGGGUAGGUGGAUCGGUGGAUCAGCGAAUCAACGGAUCAGUAAAUCGAGGAAACCAGGUUGGAAAAGGACGAGUCUGUACAAGGAACAACCAAAUUCGUGUGUUUCCAACUUCGAACCGUGCUCGAACUUGCUCGGAGGCCGAGUAAUUAACGAUAUUUCAGGGGUAAUUAAACGCAUCCAAUCUAGCUGAAGGGUGGGCUGCUAAAGGCCUUCAGCUUCAGAAGUUCGAAGACGGUACUGCUCGAGGAAACCGCAUUUUGUAUGCACCCUCUACCCUCCAAGAAACCACUCUAUUGCCAGCUUCUCUUCUAUCAUGCUCUCGUCAUCUCUCUUCUUUUCCCUUUUUACUGUUAUUCCUCCCCUUUUUCCUGUCUUUUUCUUUCUUUUUCCUCCACAUUUUGCCUAUAUCUCGCCACGUAAAUUUUAUCAAUCGCGACGGAGAGAGAGAGAACCGUGCAACCUUGGAUGCAUCAGCAGUGCAUCAACGUCAAUAUGCAUCAUUUCGGACAUCUGCUUUAAACAUGAAUUAAGGAAAAUUACCAACGAAACAACGAAAGUAACUGGCAGACAAAAUAAAAUAAUAAAUUGGAUAAACGAAGGAGAGUUUCGAGAAUGCAGAUCCGAAAAAAAAAAAAAAAAAACGAGAGGAAAUCUUGAAAAACCAAAAAUUCACGUAUCGCCCUCCUUUGGAGGAAAAAUUCUGCGCGCUACGAUUUAGUGAAUUUUCCACAAGAGGGGUGUGUACUUGUCUCCAUGGAAGUGGUGCCGCCCCUAAAAGGGAUGGACCAAUCCCGUGAUAUAAACCAACCCCUGUUCCGCACAUAACUCAGAGCUUGAUCGAGGGUGAACUCUCGAAAGGAGACUUCAGUUUUCUCGGUGUCGUCUAUCGAGAACGAUAAAACGACUCUAUCUCUCGCAGUGAGAUUCGCAGGGUAAAAAAGAAAAAGAAGGGAAGGAAAUCGCAAAACUAUAUCCCUGAUAGUUUUGGCGAACAAGCGGUCACGAGAGGAUGGCAGGCCCGUAUUUAUCACCCUUAGGCCCUCAGGCUGAUUUGCUUACCGAAUAUAUGUUUGGAAGACGUCGUCAGGUCAGUAGACGCAAUCGGACAACUUUCACUCCACAACAACUUCAGGAAUUAGAGUCGCUGUUCCAGAAAACGCACUAUCCGGACGUUUUCCUAAGAGAGGAAGUCGCUCUUAGGAUUUCACUCUCAGAGGCUCGUGUUCAGGUUUGGUUUCAGAAUCGGCGAGCAAAGUGGCGGAAACAAGCACGACUGCAAUUGUUACAAGAUGCAUGGAGAAUGAGAUGCUUGGGAUUAGGAAGUGCAGCACCUCUUCUUUUAAGGCCGCCACCGACAGCGUCGUUGGAACGACCUGAUGCUGCAACACCACCACCGCCGCCACCGCCACCUCCUCUACCUCCACCGCCUUCAGCUUCUGCUUCUACCAACGGACCAACUCUAACCACCAGCAAUGAUAAAAUACCUGACACUUCAACUUUAUCCGUUUGCAGAGAUUACAGAAUUCUUCCACCCCCUCACGGAUAUUCUUUGACCUGUGAAAAAUCUCCAGAGAGAAUGAAGUGUGGUUGUGGUUCUCCACCUAGAAUAUGCGGCAGUCCAGUAGAAAGAGAUAUCAAUUUAACCGUUAGAGAUAGGCCUCAAGAGGCUGAGAUGGAUCUUACCGUGAAAGGUCCACCUCGACACACACCGAUUGCUACUUUAUUCCAUCAGCUACCCCAACAAGAACUCAGUCCUUCGCAAAAUGCUGACGAGCCUUUGGACGUUACACUUAAUGCUAACAAAAAUAAUUAAUUGUUUUUUGUUACCUUAGUUUUAUAUAACUUAGUUUUUUAUUCGCGACUCAUUUAUUAUUUCUUUGGUUUUUCACUGAAAAAGAUAAAGUACGAUGGACAAACCAGCUGUUAAGAAAACUUGUUCCAAAGAUACGUCGUUGAAAUUUCAAGUAAAAUGCUAUUUAAACUAAUUAUAUUAAAAUACGCAUGUAGUUAGUUUAAAAUUAAAUAUUUCCUUUAUUGAUAACUUUCAUUUUAUAUUUACAAUAUUAUUCUUUGGUCUGGACAAUAUUACAUGAGCCAAACGUAGCACUUUAGAUAGCCUCCUCAGUCUCUUAUUGUUUUAAUUGUCUCUUCUUGCUCAAUAUUUUACAAGGUUACAAAAUAUUUAUUAUCUUAUAUAUAUUUCUGUUGGGAUAAACAAAUAUAGUUU